UGGAAUACCUGAUCUCCGCAGUAGGGAACACGGACGGAGGUCCCUAAUCAUUUUCUGAGGGAUCAGGGGCGAUCGGUUUCAGGGGGAAGAACAAGGGCCAGAUUAUUGAUUUCUGCCUACGGGGACUCGGUGUCUGCUCACGUCUUUCUAAGGCAGGGGAGAGAGAGCUUCUGUGGCAGUCCUUAGGGAGACCAAUUUGGGUUGCACAGUGGGUUUAGGGUCACAGAGAGGUGGGUAGGAGAAUAAUAAGGGGAGAUGGGGGUUUUAAAGAAGUGGGAAGUAAGGAAAGGAGUGCACAACCAGGUCUUGCCCCACCUUCGCCCACAAGAGCAACGGAGUGAGUGGAGAGGGAUUUGGGGCAGAGAGCAGAAGGAAGGGGGCCUGCAGGGCAGGAGCCCCAGUCACCAAUCCCUUCCUCAGCUCUGGCUCCGCCUCCCUAUCCCGCCUCUCCGGUCCGGCUCCCGGGCCUGCGCGGGCGCGGCCCUGUCGCCUCCGGACCCCGGCCGUCCGGCCGUCCCGGGGUCCAACAGGAUGUACCAAGUCCCACUGCCUCUAGAGCGGGAUGGAAUUCUGGUCCGGCUUCGCUUCACUGUUGUGGCUGUGGCUACUGUCUCCUGCCCCCUCUUGGCCUUUCUCUUCUGUGUCGUCUGGUCCCUGUUCUUCAACUUCACCGAGACCACAUCCACCCACUGUGGGGUAGGCCCCCUCAGGAUGCUUCCCACGACCUCUCAGCCCCUGGACUCUGAAGGGAUUGUGUUUCGACUGCGCUUCACUUCCGUGGCCUAUUGGGUUAUCACCUUCCCCGUCUUCGGCUUUUUCUUCUGCAUCCUCUGGUCUCUCUUCUUCCACUUUGAGUACACAGUGGCCACUGACUGUGGGGUACCCAAUUACCUGCCAUCGGUGAGUUCAGCAAUUGGUGGGGAAGUACCCCAGAGGUACGUUUGGCGUUUCUGCAUCGGCCUGCACUCCGCCCCCCGCUUUGUGGUGGCCUUUGCCUAUUGGAACCACUACAGGAGCUGCCCUUCACCCUGCCUCGGCUAUGACCAGCUCUGCCUCCUCAACUUGGGCCUCAACCUCGUGGAGAAUGUGGCCCUGCUUCUGCUCACCUAUGUCUCCUCUUCAGAGGACUUCACCAUCCAUGAGAAUGCCUUCAUUGUGUUCAUCGCAGCAGCUCUGGGCCACAUGCUGCUAACCUGUAUUUUGUGGCGUCUGACGAAGAAACACACAGUAAGUUUGGAGGAUCGUAAGUCCUACAGCUGGAAACAACGGCUUUUUAUCGUCAACUUCGUCUCUUUCUUUAUGGCCCUAGCUGUCUACUUUCGGCACAACAUGUACUGCGAGCCAGGAGUGUACACCAUCUUUGCAGCUCUUGAGUACACUGUGGUUCUGAGUAACAUGGCCUUCCACAUGACUGCCUGGUGGGACUUCGGGAACAAAGAGAUGCUUAUCACCUCCCUAACAGAAGAUAAAAGAUUCUGAGCAUCCCUCUCACUACCCCCACAGCCAAAGCCAAGAAGACUGGGCCAGGCCUUGUUGGAGGAGACCCUGCCCAAUUAGAAGGGUGCAGAGGGGAUAGAGAAUGCAUUCCCUGCCCUAUCCCACAGAUUCACCCACCUCAGGAACUGAUGGAAAAAAAUAUAAAACUUUACUCCCA